AUGCUGUUACCCUCUGCCAGCCACACGAGGCAUUCUACACGAAGGAUUGUGACGACGGUGUUGCUGUCGACACUCGUUCCACUCUUCGUCUACUACCAAAAUGAGAAAGUCCACGACGUGCUCAAGAAGAUUCCUCUACCCAUCUUCCAACCUCCUCCCCCCUUCACCCUCAGCACCUACAAUGAAAGCACGCAACCGAUCUUCCCUCCGAAGGCCGAGUCUACUGACAACCACAGUGACCUCUGCUCGAACUUUCCUCAACGACACCUCGAAAGGGUCCAAAUCAUCCUCAAAACCGGAGUAGCACUUUCAAGCAAGAAUUCGGCCCAUCUAUCCUCGGUCACAUCCUGCAUUCACAAUCUUCUCGUCUUCUCCGACGUCGCCCAGCAAGUCGCCGGCCGCGACUUUAUCGACAUCCUGGCCUCCCUCCCAGCGGCGUACGCCAAACACCCCGACUUCACAGCAUAUUCCACCCAGCGAGAAACCUACCAAGACACGGGAAAAGUCCCUUCUUCGCCUGACGCUUGGAAACUUGACCGCUUCAAGUUUCUGCCCAUGGUCAAUGUCGCGUACGAAAUGCGCCCUGGUGCCAGCUGGUAUGUCUUCCUGGAAGCUGAUGUGUACCCUUUCUUGGAUAAUCUCUUCCGCCUUCUCGAACAGUACAACCCUCAGGACAUGCACUACUUCGGCUCUGCAGUAGCCGGGUCACAUGGUCGAUGGUUUGCGUACGGGGGCGCCGGCAUCGUGCUGUCACACGGUCUGAUGAAAAAAUUAGUCGGCGAUGGCACAAAUCUCAGCGAAAAAUACAUGGAAUGGAUGUUGGAAGACUGCUGCGGAGACGCAGUUUUGGGGUACGCAAUCCUCGACAAGACCGGAGUGCUGCUGGAGGAUCUGCAUCCGAUGUUCAGCGGUGAGUAUCUUGAGGAUGUUGGAAUCAGCCAAGAGCUCUGGUGUGUACCAUUGAUCUCGCUUCAUCGCAUGUCAGAAGACUCACUUACGUCGUUGUGGCGAUGGGAGCGGACGAGGCGUGCUUCGCAAAGACCGUUGGUUUACUCGGAUCUUCUCGAAUAUCGACAACGCCACUUACAAAAUACGUCGGUCCUCGCGUUCUGGGAUAACCUCUCGGCCGAUCUUUUACCUAGUGACGACGCAGCAUGUCGUUCUUCGUCGGCCUGCGCAGAGUCGUGUGAGAAAAACACCACAUGUUUGCAGUAUUCUUACACCAAGAAUGAAUGUCGACUGUCGCCGUACGUCACGCACGGACACGCGAUCGGCGACAGAUCGGUUGAAUUCACAUCAGGUUGGAAUCGGCAGAGGAUAUCUGAACUUGGACUCAACGUGACAGGAGAUAUGACAUCUAGCUGCGAGGCUGGAACGUGGACGAAGCCUAUCACUCAUAGAUGUAUAUUCAAUGGAUGCGCCUAA